GUCCGCUCCAUCACCGUCAGCGGCCCCUUUAAGAAAACAGCGCCGAACACUGACGACAUUUCCUCGGCCUUCGUCGCUCCCUCACUGGCCGUUUGUGAGAAAUCAACAAGCGCCGGAGGAAGGCUAGUAUCCGACGGAACUGGACAGGGCAGCUCUCUCCCGGAGAGGAGGGACGCAACUGGUCUUUUUUCCUCCCCUCUCCUCCUCCGCCUCCUCCUCCUCUUCGUCGUCGGUGUGUGUGUCGGCUGCUCCGCUCUGGAGGUGCCGUUGAGCCCAAACAACCGGAGCCUGUGGUGUUGGAUGGAUGGACCCAGUGAGACGGGUCUGCCGUGAGACUGGCCGUUCAUUUGGACGUCCUGAGCAGCAGGUGUACUGACGGAUAAAGCAGCCUCAAGCCAAUCUCAGUGUUCAUGAAACUUUGCUACGAUUUACGUGCUGGGGUUGCCGUCCGCCAUGUUAAGGUAAAGCCCAGGUGCGCGGUGUUGACCAUGCUAAAGCGCCUGGACAAGAUCCGCUUCCGAGGCCCCAGGACGAGAGACGACUUUCCAGACCUUGCAGAGUCGCCACCUGCCUCCGACAACGAAUGUUGCGACGACAUGCAGCUGAAGCCUAGAACCGCUCUGCGAGACACAGAGGACCUCCUGCGAGACCCUGCAGGCUCAGGGUCUCCCACCAUGGCUGCGGCCAUCCAGGACUUCCAGAGAUCGGAGUCUGAUCGCCUCAAUGAAGUCAAAGGUCACCUGGAAAUUGCCUUAUUGGAGAAACAUUUCCUACAGGAAGAGCUGAGGAAACUGCGGGAAGAGACCAAUGUGGACUCACUGCGGCAGGAGUUGGAGAGAGAACGAAGCAAGAGGAUAGACCUGGAGCAGAAAAUGAAUGAGGUGCUCAAGACUAGGCUAGAGGAUUCUCCGCCGCAGCCGCCCCGAAAACAGCAGUCACCCUCAAACAAUGGCACAGCAGAAAAACAACAGAAAGAAGUGUGGAGUUCACGGGUGCAGAAGUGGCUGUACGAGCGUUUUGGGGUUUACAUCGAAGAUUUCCGCUUCCAGCCAGAGGAAAGCACUGUGGAGGCUGAGGAACCGCUAAGUGCUAAAAGGUUGACAGAAAACAUGAGGCGACUCAAGAGAGGAGCCAGACCUGUCACCAAUUUCUUAAGGAACCUCUCUGCCUUAUCUAAUUGGCACUCUGUCUACACCUCAGCUAUUGCCUUCAUUAUCUACAUGAAUGCUGCUUGGCAUGGCUGGGCCAUUCCCAUGUUCCUCUUCCUGGCUAUCCUGCGCUUGUCUUUGAAUUACCUCAUUGCCAGAGGUUGGAGGAUCCAGUGGAGCAUUGUGCCUGAGGUCUCUGAACCCAUGGAGCCUCCAAAGGAAGAUUUGACUGUGUCUGAAAAAUUUCAGCUUGUACUUGAUGUUGCACAAAAAUUACAGAACCUUUUUGGUAAGAUGGCAGAUGUUUUGGAGAAGAUAAAAAACUUGUUCAUGUGGGUGCAGCCUGAGAGCACUCGGAAACUUUACAUCUGCCUGUGGGUGGCUUUCAUCACCUCCUGCGUCCUGCCGUACAAACUAAUGGGUUUCAUGAUGGGCCUUUAUGCUGGUAUAAAGUUCUUCAUCAUAGACUUCCUGUUUAAAAGCUGUCCAAAGCUUCGGGACAAGUAUGACACACCCUACAUCGUGUGGAACAGCCUCCCCACCGACCCCCAGCUCAAAGAAAGGACCAAUGCCACCAUGUCGCGGCGGCUCUCUGGCAUUGAGAAGGUUCAGCCUGUGGUUUCUAGGAGCAGUCUUGCUACUAUCCCAUGUGGGGUGAACAGAGAGGAGGAAACAGGGCGAUCACACAGCACCAAGAAGGGAGCUUUUCAUGAGAUCUUCAACCUGCCGGAGUCAGAGCGCCCUCUGGCGGUAUGUGAGAAUGGCUGGAGGUGUUGCCUGAUAAACAGAGACAGGAAGAUGCCCACAGACUACAUCAGGAAUGGAGUGCUCUAUGUCACGGAGAAUUAUCUGUGCUUUGAGAGCUCCAGCUCCAGGUCCAGCUCCUCCAAGAAGAAUAAAGUAAUCAAACUGGUGGACAUCACCGACAUACAAAAGUACAAAGUGUUGUCAGUUCUACCAGGGAGUGGGAUGGGUAUCUCCAUAGCAACACCCUCUACUCAGAAGCCAUUGGUCUUUGGUGCCAUGAUCCACAGGGACGAGGCUUUUGAGGCCAUCUUCACCCAGUACAUGAAGAUCAUGACCACCACCAAACCACCGUCCAGCGCAGAGCUCUAGGCGUCCUACGUCACGGCAACAGAUGUCCAUGCUAACGCUAAAGCCUGGAGCACAGAGCCUUCAGAGUUUCAACUGGACGCAGAGAUACUUUGAAACGCCACACUCCUCUGCUCUGCCGCCUCCUCCUCCUCCUCCUCUCUUGAUGGGUAUCAGCUUCUUCAUUGAGGGUCAUUGCCCAGUUUUGAUCAGUGGACUCCCCACUUUGAGGGGAGACGUGGGUGUAAUGGAAAUGUAAUGAAACGACACACUUACUGCAGGUGUUGGGUAAUGGACAACAUGAGGAGAGUGGAUGGCUGUGGGUUUUAUCAAUCAGCAGAACACCGGUGGGGGGGCUGGUUCCCCUCACCCACCUGUCUGACGAACUGACUGGUUCACUGGUUUCCUGACUUACUGUUUCUGUGUUUGCAUGUGUCAGUGUGUGUGGGCAGAAAUUAAGGUGUGUCUUAAACGGUGUCAAGUGGCUCUAUUUUUCUCUGUCCUCCUCAGUCCGGGGAGUGAUUUAUACUGCGAUAGGAUGAUUUCAAGAACAGUUUCAUCUGACUGUAAUGUCUGAAAAUGAUAUCAUGGAACAACUAGAAGACAAACAAGAGCUUCUAUAGAAAACUGUGUAAAUGUAGUGUUAUAAUUCACUGCAAAAACAACCAUCACGUUUAUAUAUGUAGGCAUUUUAACCGGCGCCUCUUGGCAUAGACCACCGAAAUUACUGGAGUGUACACGUGUGAGUGGUCAGUAAUUUUUUUUUUUUUUUUUUUAAUGUGUAUUAGCUGUAAAAAUGUCAGAUCACUAUUUGACUGACACAGAGCCUUUUGUUAGUUUACAUUGCUGCUGUCUAUUUUCAUUUUUUUUCUCCUCCUCCUUUUUUUCUACACAUGCAUUUGAGCAGCAACGAUCUUUAGUUGUCUUUUGUCAAAACUAGCCAACAGAAAAUGGAUGCUGUGUUUAGCAUCGGUUUCAGUGUUUUCUAAGUGUGCGUAUGUGAAACGUGUAGUGGAAUCUUUCAGAAAAAUUGCCUUUCUUCUGAAAACUGUCUUUUUCUUUUCUACUGUUUGUGAACAGCCUUUGGAGGGAGUAACUGGGUUCAGCCGUCCUCCAGCUGAGGAUCCCAACACUGACUGCCGUUUAGUUUUGGCACAGUGGAGCAUAUAGCCUCCAAUGUCUGAACCUCUCUUUUGAAUUCAUCUGUAUAUAUGAGAUUUCUGUUUUCCCUGCACUUUAUCAGACAGUCAACUGGAAUUCCUGACAUUUAUGAGGUAGUGACUUUAAAUACUUUCUAAUUCAGCUGGAAUCCAUGAUCAGUGUUUGCAGGUAGUUUCGGACAGUUCAGCAGUACUCUUCGCGGUAUUUCACUCUUAUUUUUUUCUCCUGACAGUCCAAGCCAGUCCACCGGUGUCACACAUGCACCAUUUGAGCACAUUAUAUGAACAGAUCGAAUAUCACUGCCAGCCAGGUAGCUUUGAAACACAAAUGGUACUUAACAAAAUGAAACUUUUGCAUGACACAGGUCCCUCGCAUAUUAAAAAUUCGCUGCAUUUCGGCAUUUACAAAUCGCACACUUAAUCACUCAAGAGCAGAGACAUUUACCUGGGCUGUUCUGACUCAGUGACGUACCUGCUAUCAAUCCUAAAGCAGAAAUCUAGAUUCUAGGAUUAUUUGUUUUUUAAUCACAAACAGGAUUAUGAGUCAUUUAAGACAAGCCUAAUGUUUUUUUUUUUUUGCUUUUUGUUUGUCUGGUGUAUUUUUCCACCUGUUGUAUUUGUAAUAGGCAGUGAUCAGAGACGGACAGCUGCGUGUUCUUCCACCUGCAGCAUCUAGACUUUUAACAAAAGUACAAGAGGUGUAGAGUAAACAGAGCGUUUCAUCACUUUAAGACACCGUUCACAGGAGCAAAGCUGGUCUUUCUUCUUGCAGAAUGGUCAACUAUGUAGAGAUAUAUUGCCAAAAUAAUAUCUGACACUUUAUGGUGUUUUUUUUUUUGUUUUUUUUAGAUAAAUGAAGGCGGGAUGUAAGACUUGGGAGGUCACGUUUUCUGUCGCUCCUCACAUUUAGUAUGAGAGACAGAGUAGUUAUUCUCCACUCCUAUUUAUACCCAGCAGCACAAGCUUUAGAUCAUGAUGUGGAAAGCUUACAAAAGGGACACCUUGACAUUUGCUUUUACUUGACAUUUGCUUUUAUUCUAGUUGGUUUUACUCACUGCCCACUUCUCUCUAGUUCAGUCUUAAUCACUCCUCUGUUUCCUGUUACGUGUGCCGAGUACACCCACAAGUUCUAGGUGAAGAUAAAAUGUCAAGGUUUCUCUUGAAGUCUAUACAAAUCCUCUUGUCGUCAUCUGGACUGGAUAUGAAAUUGCAGCAUAUGCAAUUGACCAGUUCAAACAAGCACAGAAGUAUGUUUUUUUUUGUUUUUGUUUUUUUUCAUUGACAUCAAUUUGUAUUAUUUAGGAAAAAAGCCUGUUAUUUAUGGGCUGCCUUCCCAAACAUGGAUUUCUAUUUUUGUUUAGGAAUAAAUUUCAUCCAUGGAUGGGAAAACAGUUGGAUCUUAGAGCAGGUAGCUGUCUCACUGUGUGAUUGUAUGGCUCGUUGUAGUCUUAAAGCUUUUACCUGAAGCCUUUUAGUAAUCUCUGAAGAUCAGCUCUCGGGGGUUUUGGGAGACCCUAACCAGGCUGCACUCAGAUAAAGCACAGAAUGUAUCAUGUUCUAAACGUCUAGGAGCAUUUAUCUUUUGCCAAAUCUUUCAUUUUCUGUCUGCCAUAUUCUGCCUAAGCUCAUGUUUACAGAAGGUUGUAAAAAAUUAUGUUGUUUUUUUUUUUUUCUUUGUUUUUAACAACCCAGUUUGAAUUCCUUUUGUACUUGGAGUUAUGAAGACUGGACCGCUACACUCUGUUCUGGACUGAAUGUCCCGGCUCUCAAUGGCUGUUCGCUCCAUCUGACAAUCUCCGUUCACCUUCCCACCGUUAGGAAGCCUAGAUGAUGUCAAAAUCAGUAUUCUCAAACUCCAUCCAGCAUGUUAAUUCCCAUAUCUAUCAUCCCAGUACUUGGUUUAGUGGUGUAAGGUGCAGUAAGCUUCACACGGAAAGAGCAGAGAUGGUCACGGUGGAUCCAAACGGCAACAUCAGUGUUUUUGACAUUGUAGUGCACCUUUUGAGGAGCUGUAAUGAAGACAGAACAAAGGUUUUAUUCCUAUGAUUAUUAUUAUUUUUUUCUAAUUAAAUAAAAUGUGCACUUGUAGUACUGUAAAGCACCUUGGAGAAACAUGUCCUCUAAUGGCUCAAAAGCUGCACAUACUGUAACGACUGCCAUACUGAGGACUUAACUGUUGUCCUAACAGUGACUGGGACCUUGUCAAAAACAGUGGUGUUGUCCCCUCUGUCAAAGCUGGUGUCCUCGCAGUUGCUUUUUGUAUGUUAUAUGUACUUCCUCUAACUGUGUGUUGAUGUUAAUUAAGGGUUUUCCACAAACAUUUCAAGUGUACAAUGACACCAGUACGGUUCAGUUCAGCUAAACGGUCUCAAGGUUACAAAUCCAACCCUUGAAGUAGAUUCAUAAGGUCAAAUAAAUGAGAAAUCUCCAGGAUUCAGUCCUACUUCACACACCGACAGUACUCAUAAAUAUCUGGUACAAUUACAAGUACAGGCUACUGGGAAACCAAACCCAGAGCAUCAACUGCUGCAGUCAUUACAGUGAGGAAAUAAUUAUCUUCUGUGGCAGCCUAUGAUGAUGAUGAUGAUGAUGAUGAUGAUUCCUGCUUUUUUUUUUUCCUUUUUUUUUUUUUCAAAGAGGAAUUUGUAUACCAAUUAUUGAAGUGUACAGAGAAACAGAAACCACUGAGUUUUUAAGACAUGUCUAUUGUAAAGGAUAAUGUGAUGUACAUUUUUUUAAUUUAAGUAAAUGAAUUUAAGGUA